UCAACAAUCAUGCGUUUACAUUACAUAUCUGUUAUGGCAGCUUUGAAACCGUUCAAAUAUUUUAGAGUGUCUGAUAUUCAUGUUGUAGUAGUUAUCUGCACAUUCUUGUUCUACAAUAUCAUUUCUAUUGGACACAAACAGAUAUGUCCAUAGAAGGUAGACCGCGGUCGUUAUAUAGAGCCAGUUUUCUCACCAUUUCAAGCAAAUCCUCAUAUUCAUUUUGACAUACGAAGAUCCUCAAACUUCUGAAACAAUGAUCAAGACCGUAUUUUUUGUAUUCUCCCUUACGCUCAUUGCCGCUGUAAAGGCAGAAGGCUGUUCUGGUGCGGCCACCAUAGCCUCACAAGCAGAUUUAGAUGCCAUCGGUUCUUGCAAGACAUAUACUGGUAGCAUCACCAUCGAUAAUUUGAACGCUGAAACAUUGCAAUUAAAGGGAGUGGAAACUGUCACAGGUGAUCUGUUAGUGAAGAACAAUGCAGCUCUGUCAAGCUUUAGUGCACCAGUUUUGCAAACCGUUCAAGGACAAUUGGAACUUUCAAACCAGGUCCACCUUGGAACUUUCCAGGCUCCUAAACUUCAAACAGUUAACGGCCUCACCCUGAGUGUACUUCCUGAACUCAUGGACCUUGGUUUCUUGAAUACGAUCAACGGCUUGAACAAAUUGUCACUUACCGAUACCAGAGCAGUCAAUAUUCAAAAUGCCAACAUUAACGGUCUGCAACAACUCACUUUGACCAACAACAAGAAUUUGACAUCUAUUCAAUUCCCUGGUCUUAUGAAGGUGGAUGGAGAGAUCUUCAUUACUGCAAACAGUGCUUCAUGCGCUCUCGAGCUCCCCAAGCUCACGUCAGCAAAGUCAGCCACCUUCCGUAACUUGAACAGCUUCGAUGCUUCAGCGUUAUCCGAAGUUUCACAAGACUUGUCUUUCAACCAGAACAACAUGCAACAGUUGUCAGUGGAUGGUUUGAAAACUCUGGGAGGCGCUUUAAUUGUGGUGGACAACAAUCAACUUAACAAAGUUUCCAUGAAUCAACUUACUCUUGUGGGUGGAACAUUUUCUAUUGGUAACAACAGCAACCUUGUCAACAUCGACGGAUUCCCCAAGUUGGAGCAGGUACGAGGCUCAAUCGACCUUUCUGGCGCCUUUGACAAGGUCGAUAUUCCAGCUCUCCAGGAUGUGCGUGGUGGCAUGCGCCUUCAAACGACUAGCAGUUCAUUCCAGUGCAAUGGCUUAGAUAACAUGCGUGUUACCGUCAUCAAGGGUACCUCAUUUGAUUGCAAAAGUAAUCUUGCAGCAGACCAGCUCGCUCCUACUGUCGGUCAAGGCAGUGGUACUCAGGUGAAUUCAAAGACUGCACCAAAACAAGAUUCUGCUGCAAGUUCUCGUCUCGGCGAUAUGCAAUCUUCCUUAUUUGCUUUUUCCAUGUUCCUUGGCUACAUUCUUCUAGGAUAGUCACAUAUGAAAUAAAAAACUUGAAAGCAUCGUUUACAUAACCUAACAAAACGAAAGAAAAGAA